GCGGGUGGGCGGUGCGGCCCGGUGGGCACGGCCCGGCCCCGCGGAGCGGCCCCGCGCCAGUCACCGGCGCUGCGGAGCGGAGGAGCGCGGCCAUGGCGGCGGCCCCGGCGGAGGCGGAGACCCGGCAGCGGCUGCUGCGCACCGUUAAGAAGGAGGUGAAGCAGAUCAUGGAGGAGGCGGUGACGAGGAAGUUUGUGCAUGAGGACAGCAGCCACAUCAUCUCCUUCUGCGCCGCGGUGGAAGCCUGUGUCCUGUACGGCUUGAAGCGGAGGGCGGCGGGAUUCCUGCGCAGCAACAAGAUAGCGGCUCUCUUUAUGAAGGUGGGCAAGAGCUUUCCUCUGGCUGAGGAGCUUUGCAAGAAGGUGCAAGACCUGGAGCAGCUCAUUGAGAACGCACGAAAUCAAGUCCAAGGCAUCACGGAGAACGUGCGCAAGGUGCCGAAGCUGCCCAACCUGUCUCCUCAAGCCAUCAAGCACCUCUGGAUCCGCACAGCCCUAUUUGAAAAGGUCUUGGAUAAAAUCGUGCAUUACUUGGUAGAAAACAGCAGUAAGUACUAUGAGAAAGAAGCUCUCCUGAUGGAUCCCGUGGAUGGGCCAAUUCUUGCAUCUCUAUUGGUGGGGCCCUGUGCGCUGGAAUACACCAAGAUGAAGACCGCCGACCACUUCUGGACAGACCCCUCGGCUGACGAGCUGGUCCAGCGGCACCGGAUCCACAGCUCGCACUGUCGGCAGGACUCACCCACCAAGCGCCCGGCGCUCUGUAUUCAGAAAAGGCACUCCAGUGGCAGCAUGGAUGACCGGCCGUCACUGUCCGCCAGGGACUACGUGGAGUCGCUGCACCAGAAUUCCCGAGCCACACUCCUCUACGGCAAGAACAAUGUCCUGGUGCAGCCACGAGAUGGUAUGGAAGCGAUCCCAGGAUAUCUGUCCCUUCACCAGACUGCCGACAUCAUGGCGCUGAAGUGGACCCCCAACCAGCUGAUGAACGGCUCCGUGGGGGACCUGGACUACGAGAAGAGCCUAAGCUCUAAAACUUCCCAGUGUCAAGACGUGACCAAGGAAGAGAGGAGUCAGAUGACAAAUGUGUACUGGGACUAUGCCAUGACCAUUCGCCUGGAGGAGAUCGUCUAUCUGCACUGUCACCAGCAAGUAGACAGUGGUGGGACGGUUGUCUUGGUGAGCCAGGAUGGGAUUCAGCGGCCGCCGCUGCGCUUUCCCCGGGGAGGACACUUGCUGCAGUUCCUGUCCUGCCUGGAGAACGGGCUCCUGCCCCACGGGCAGCUGGAUCCCCCGCUCUGGUCUCAGCGAGGGAAGGGGAAGGUGUUUCCCAAGCUGAGGAAGCGAAGUCCCCAGGGCUCCUCCGAAUCUGCGUCCGACAAGGAGGAUGACGAAGCCACAGAUUAUGUUUUCAGGAUAAUCUACCCAGGGACACAGUCUGAAUUCGUUACCAUUAAUGGUAAUUUUCAUCAGUUCCUUGCAUCUGUGGUCUACAUCGCCGCUGUGAGAGGGAAGAUCGCGAGGACUCCAGCUGCAAGCAAGACAGUGGUGAUCCCUAAAUGGUGUCCGAGUCUCCCCAUCACGUCCCAGCCCCCCCUUGCCACACCGGGGGCCUCUCAGCAUCACUUGCCCCAGGACCUGAUGGACACCCCAGGUGCUGCUCUGCCUCCCAUGUGGCAACCCAGCACCCGCAAGUCCUCCUGCUCCUCCUGCUCCCAGAGCGGCUCCUCGGACGGGGGCCCGUCCAACGGCUGCAGCCACGAGAGAGCUCCGCUGAAGCUCCUGUGUGACAACAUGAAGUACCAGAUCCUCUCCCGGGCCUUCUAUGGCUGGCUGGCCUAUUGCAGACACCUGUCCACGGUGCGAACCCACCUGUCUGCGCUGGUCAACCACAACAUCGUGUCCCCUGACGUGCCCUGCAAUGCCAGCGCGGGACUGACGGUGGACAUCUGGCAGAGAUACCUGCAGGACAGCACGAGCUACGAGGACCGGGAGCUGCUGCGGCUGAUCUACUACGGUGGGAUCCAGCACGAGAUCAGGAAGGCUGUGUGGCCCUUCCUUUUGGGCCAUUAUCAAUUUGGGAUGACGGAGGCAGAAAGGAAAGAGGCCGAUGACCAGAUCCGCACCUGCUACGAGCACACCAUGGCGGAGUGGCUGGGCUGUGAGGCCAUCGUCCGGCAGCGCGAGAAGGAGUCGCACGCAGCGGCUCUGGCCAAGUGCUCCUCCGGGGCCAGCCUGGAUUCCCACAUCCAGAGGAUGAUGCACAGGGACUCGACCAUCAGCAACGAGUCUUCGCAGAGCUGCAGCUCCGGCCGCCAGAAUCACCCCCGGCUGCAGAGUGACUCCAGCUCCAGCACGCAGGUGUUUGAAUCUGUUGAUGAAGUGGAACAGACAGAAACAGAUGCUCAACUGGAAGAUGGCAAACCAAGCAAGAUCCCUAACGGGACUGUUCCCAAUGGCACAUGUUCCCCUGAUUCUGGCCACCCCUCUUCCCAGAACUUCUCCAUCGCGUCGGGUUUCUCGGAGCGCAGCUUCAGCAAUGAAGACAGUGCCCUGGAAACCAAUAAAUCCUCUGCAAGCUCGCAGGGAAAGGCCGGUGGGUCUGACGUGCCAGCUCCACAGGACACAGAUAAUGCUUGGCAGGAGGAGAAGCUGCAGGGCCAGGACAGCCUGGAAGGGGAAUUUUCCACUGGUGGCAGCAUGGAUUUUGUUCCUGUGAGUGAGAGCUCGGCAGGGGUCCUGCGUGACCGCGAUGCUGUGGCCCUGACGGUGGUGGAGAGCUGGGCAGACAGCGAAGCUGAAAAGCAAAGCUUGGUGGAGAGCGAAGAUAACCUUUCCGAGGAGCCCGAGAUGGAGAGUUUGUACCCGCAGCUGGAUUCUCUGGCUGUAGCUGAUCUGGCCAACAGUGAAGCAUCUGCUGUGUCCUCGACGGGUGUCACCUACUCUCCAGAGCUACUGGACAUGUACACGGUGAACCUGCACCGCAUUGAGAAGGAUGUGCAGCGGUGUGACCGCAACUACUGGUACUUCACCCCUGCCAACCUGGAGAAGCUCCGCAACAUCAUGUGCAGCUACAUCUGGCAGCACAUUGAGAUCGGCUACGUGCAGGGGAUGUGUGACCUGCUGGCCCCUCUCCUGGUCAUCCUGGAUGACGAGGCUUUGGCUUUCAGCUGUUUCACUGAGCUGAUGAAGAGGAUGAAUCAGAACUUCCCCCAUGGAGGAGCCAUGGACACCCACUUUGCCAACAUGCGAUCUCUGAUCCAGAUUCUGGACUCUGAGCUCUUCGAGCUGAUGCACCAGAAUGGUGACUACACUCAUUUCUACUUCUGCUACCGAUGGUUUCUCCUGGACUUCAAGAGAGAGCUGGUGUACGACGAUGUGUUCGCCGUCUGGGAGACCAUCUGGGCAGCUGCGCACGUGUCCUCUGCGCACUAUGUGCUCUUCAUAGCUCUGGCGCUGGUAGAGAUGUACCGGGACAUCAUCUUGGAGAACAACAUGGAUUUUACAGACAUCAUCAAGUUUUUCAACGAAAUGGCUGAGCGGCACAACACCAAGCAGAUCCUGAAGCUGGCCCGGGACCUUGUCUAUAAAGUCCAGACUCUGAUUGAGAACAAAUGAAGGACGUGGGGAAGAUGAGGCAUCUAGAUGAAGAGCCAGGACUCCCCUUCGAUGCUUCCUCCCCUUCUCCUUUUUCUCCGAGUGCCACACCUGUGGAAAUAAGGUAGUUGGACACGUGCUGCUGUCUUAACUGAAGUGCCCUCAGCUCUCCAAUGGUCAGUGGUAGCUCCAGGGGUCCUGGCUCAGAUCUUUGCAGCCUUCCUCAGUGACUUAACCAAAGAUCUGUACAGUUGCAUUUUACUGCUGGGGACUUGCUUUGGAAGCAGGACCCAGGCAGUGGCUCCUUUGCCUUCCUGCAGCAGCAGGGCAGCCCAUGUGGUUACCACCACAACUGCUGUGGCAUGGCCAGCAUCCCAGCUCGGAGCUGCCAGCUCUCCUCGGGGCCGAUGGGCUGUGCAGCCUUUGUUGUGAGGAAAUAAAGCUGCUGCCUUGGGCAGCCGUUCCCCAUGGCCUGGGGAAACCAGCCAGCCCCGCGAGCCUGGGCAGGCCAGGGGUGCUGCCAGUACACUGAUCCUUACUGACACAUGAGGUUCUGCCAGUAACAGAGAGGGACUUUGAUCACAGAAAUUCCUCUUCUUUUGAUCUUGUCCCUCAAUGCCUAGCAUCUCAUUUAGUAUAUAUAUAUAUUUUUUUUAGGGCUCUGUUCUCUCCCUGGGAUUUUUUGUGUUGUUUGUUACUACAAUAUGUGAGCACACAAGAGUUUCAGCUCUGGAUGGAUUUUCAGAAGAGCUCCAAAUUCAGCACUGGGUUUUUCUUUCAAAACCCAGCCUCUGUAAUGCUCUCUGAACACUGAAAAGUCUGGUCCUAACCUCCUCUGGGAACUCUAGACUUGAUGUUUUCCUGCCUGCCUUACUCUCGCUGCUUGUGUCAGCGGUCUGGUCUCCCUGUUGUUCCUCUGUCAGGGGAGAGCUCCUCGGAAGGCAAGUCAGAGCUCCCCACUUCAGUGACCGUCCUGGCUUUCCCUCUGAAGGUGCCCGUCUGUUCCUCUGUUCAUUAAAAGACCAGCUGCUCAGAGCCAGACAGUGCAAACACCACUUGGUGCCUGCGGGUUUUCUGUGUGCUUCUGGGGCUGCAAACCCCCUAAGUCCACCGAAAGUCUCCAGUUAGGUCUUGCUGAGCUUCUUUCACAUACCUGUGAAGAGGAAAACAGCCUGAGUGGUCUUUGCUUUUGGAAGAAGCAUUUCUGCAGCCCCUUUUCCCGCAGCAGCCCCCAGAACCUGUGGCACGAGGUGCCUCCCCAGCGGGAGAGCUGAGCUGCUGUGUCCGGCUGCGGCUGCACUAUGGCGGGUUUGGAUUCAUUUUUCAACUCAGGUAAAACCCAUAAAGGGAAAGGAGAGGUGCAGGUUGUUGGUAGGUCUGGUUCAGCCAGGGAGGGCUUUGUCCUGGCCACAGGAUCCUGCCAUGGAUGUGUCCUUCCAGCAGCAGGGAAACGCUGAGUUGUAGCUCUCGAUAAGGGGACUUCCUCUCAAGUUUUGCUGCAAAAAUCUGUGUUCCCCCUCCAUGCAAUGUGUGACGUGUGUGUGCCCUCCUCCUCCCCUCUGCAAGAUAAGGCCCUGCUCUUCUCUUGUUGUUGGAGUGCUGCUCACCAGGAGGGAAAAGGGGCCCUUCCCUUCUUCUGUGGAACAUCUGUGUGUGCUGUGUUUUGUAUUUACUUAUGGCAUGUGUCAGAUGUUGCUUGUGGGAAAAAAAAAACCCACAGAUGUAGAUCUGCAGGAGAGAAAACUGCUGCUUCAGGAAAGUUCUGCAGAGCGUGGGGUGGCGGUUUGCAGGUUCAGGGCAGAUCAGCCCGUCUCUGCAGCGCUGGGACACAGAGGCGGCCGCUGGAAAACCCAGGGGCCGGCGGUGUCCCCUGAGCCCGUGGGGAGCAGGACUGCAGAGGGGACAGCGAUGGGGAACCUUUGGCUUGUCAGAGUCCCGACAAGGAAAUGUGUACCAACAACCUAGGCAAUUCUUUGAAGCGAUUUUCUGCAUUAAAUCUCCAAAGAGCGCUUGGUCUGUAGCAGCACAGCAAACAGAGGCAUUUGAGCGUCACAUCUGCUGGUUUGUGUGUCAAUCUCUCAUCUUCCCACAAAGCAGAGUGAAAAGCUCGUGCCCUCCCUGCCAGGCUGUUCAUGUCCCCUCUGGGUCAGUCUGCCUGCAUCUCCUUCUCUAAAGGAGAUGUGUCCUGAUUUUGAGGGGCAAGAACCAAUAGCUCAACUUCAAUACAGUCUUAUCAAGCAACAUUGCUGACACUUUAUCUUUCAAGCUUCUGGUUUUCCUUUCUUGGUUUUCAAACAAAAACAGCCAAGAAACUCUGCACAAUAUUUGCUGUCUGUAUUAACUGAGAGUGUCUUUGGGCCGCUCAAUAGCAGUGUUUUUUGAAUAACUUCUGGGGGGAAAAAGUAUUUAUUUAUUGUACGUUACUGUAUGUCCUUGUAUACUGAAAUGUGUGAGUGUGUGUUGUUAUGCAAUUGGAGAUAUAUCUUUUCAAUGUUCUUUACAAUAUCUUGUAAAUGUUUACCAGAAAAUUGUGUCUAUAUAUUAUAUAUAUAUACAUACAGUAUAGAGAGAAAAUAUGUGAAUUAAGUGGGUUAUUUUUUGAGGGGGAGAAGAAAUCUUUUGCUUCUGAGAACUGUGUGGUUUCUAUAGCACCUAUUCCCUGACGUGCCGAUCUGUCCCUGUACUGUGAGAGUUGUUCUGGUUCAGCAACGGGAACCUCAGAGCAGAACCACCAUCGUGAGCUCAGCUCGGCUUGACUUUAGUUCUGACUUUAAAACUGGAAAAGGAGGAGGAAAAAAGGAGGAACUGGGCAGUUAAAUCUGCUAAAAUUUAAGCAAAGGUUCUUGUAGUGCAGCUGUUCCUGGGCCUUCCCCUGCCUGCCUCUGCCCCUUUGCCAGAUCGCCCCAAGGGAAAGCAUUAUUGUGGGGUUUUGGCAGUGUGGAUCCCCACAAUUUCUCAGAUCUCUGUGGAUCCCCACAGCAUCCCAGAUCUCUCUGGAUCCCCACAAUGUCUCAGAUCUCUGAGUCCUCGCAGUGUCCCAGAUCCGUGUGGAUCCCCACGAUGUCCCAGAUCCAUGUGGAUCCCCGCAAUGUCCCAGAUCCCUGUGGAUCCCCAUGAUGUCCCAGAUCUCUGUGGAUCCCUGCAACGUCCCAGAUCCCUGUGGAUCACUACGAUGUCUCAGAUCCCUGUGCAGCCGCAGAUCCACCUGUUUCCCCGGGAGGAGAAGCCUGUCGCAGGGGAAUGUUGCCCAUAUACAGUCAUCAUGUCUGGCUCCUCGGGGAGGGGAAUGUCUCAUCCAGCAGCUCUGUGCAGCUGAAAUCUGCCCCGUGCAAUGGCGCUGUGAGCCAGGGCCAAUACUUAGCCUGCUGUUCUUCGCUCUGGGGCAGCAGACACUCCUGCAUCCCCCCUGGGCGCAGGGGUUUGCGUCCCGCUCGCCCCCAGCCCGUGUUCUCUGCUCCGGGUCGCUCCAGAGCUGAUGAAGGAUGGAGCCCCCGGGCUGAGCUGCUGCAUCUGCAGAGCUGUGGGUUUCACACUUCGUCUUUUCUUAGAGCUGCUCAGCUCCCAGAUAACCCUGGUGUGUUUAAAUACAGCAAAUGUUUCUGUCCUGGCUCCUUGUUCCCCUGAGGGAGCGACUCAUGGAUUCUCUUUCUGCAUUUGAGCUUUCUGCCGAUGCACCUUACAAACUAACUCUUGGUACGCGUCUCUUAGCGUUACUCAUGCAAACCUUCCGGAAGUUCUCUUUGUUCUGAAAUGUGGGGUGUUUGUAGGAGUUUUUCUCUUACUGUGUUGAGUCUCUGAAUUGCUUUGCUAUUAACAUUUUUUGGUGGAGACUGAAAGGGUUUUUUUGCGUGGGAACUUCUUGCUGCCACCCUGUUCUCGUCUCGUCCAGUCUCUUAUGUUUUGAACAUCCUUUAACGCAUCCAAAUAUACCUUCUAUUUUAACCAAAGCCAGCAGUAGAAAUGCAGGGAUCAGCAGCCAGUGUCCCUGAUCAGGAAAAAGCAGAUAAUGAGAAAUGACUGUUCUUGAGACGGUAGCUUGGAAUCACACUUCUACUGAGCCCUUCCCCAAAUCCCACUUUGGAGACACAAACCUUGUGGUGGGCUGAUUGCAGAAAGCAAUUUAUGGGAUGAGAUUCUUCUUAUUCUUCUCUAUUUAUUUGCUUAUUUUAAUCUGGCUGUCUGGUCUUUUUUCUUCUUUUUCCUUUUUCCUCCUUCCUUUUCUUUCCCUUUUACUUUAAGUAGCUGGCUCAUUCUCUGCACUGGGAGCCACUGUCACAAACAGUCCUCAAAACAGACACGGGGCCAAUUUCGGGAUUCUCAUCACAUAAGUUUGCUUUUGAAAAUACAACAUCUUAAAUUGCUGCUCUCUGCUGUGGCAUCGCUGUUGGGAUGCUGGUGGCCUCUCAGCCCCUUCAUCAGUGGGGCCAAAAUGAUUGUCAUUUCGUCAAAACUUCUGUCAAAUAUUUUUCACUCCAUUUGGGAAUUUCCAGUAGCACCGAGCAGUUCUGGGCACAUUUUCAGCAUUUUACUAUCACGUGAGCACAAACUGAUGGCGAAAGAGCACAAGUUACAGAUGAAGCGACAAUUUUCUAGCAAUAUGGAAGGGUUGUACCCCUCACCAGAACCAGUUUUCAGAAAUUCUUCUCAAGUUUUCAGAUACCCUGAAGCAGAUAAAAUUCCAUUUACCGUUGCCUGCGAUUUCAGGCACCCCGAUGAUUUAACCAAAAGUCGUUACCUUUGUUGCCUUCCCUCAACUGAACACGUCACUGAUUCAGGCACGUGAAGCCUUUGUGGUCCCUGGUCACACCACAUUUAUGUUUAUUCGUGGCAGUUGUUGUGGUGCCAUAGUGCGUUUCUACAGCUUGGAGUGUUUGGAUUUCUUCUAAACUUUGCCCGUAUCCUGAAUUUCCUGGAGAAUGUAAGAUGUUGGAAUAGCCAUAGCGGUCCCUUAAUACGUGUCUCAGUUUAGAUUAGCGGUAAGCAUAUUCAACCAUAAAUUCCCAUUCAGUAGUUUAAUAACUUCCUUGUUUAAAUGGAUUUUGCACAUGGAGGCUGAGCCGGGAGCCCAGAGACGGAGCUGCAGGUGACAGUCCCUGGUCUGUGUCCGGGGGCGAUGGCUCUCAUGCCACUGGCACGUGGUGGGUCUGUGUCCCGUGUGACACGUGGCAGGGACGGCGUUAAGUGCCGCUGAAGAGGGAGGUGGCUGGAGAACGGCCGCUUCCCAUCAGCUCUUUUUGAAAGGGGUAAAAAGCACCAUUUAUAUAUAUAUAAUUUUUUUAAUAAGUCAAUGUUAAAAUUUAAACUAUGCACAAGAUCUCAAAAAGUAAAACAAGUCCAUGGGAGUUUGAAGAAUCGGUGUGGCUGCACUGCCAGGGAAGAUAAAGAAUUGCAAAUCCUGAUGCUGAGACAGUAAAAGUUUUAUUUUCAUAACUACUUAAAUUCUCAGAAGUUCAGCCUGUUUUAAGAGUGAUUCCCAGGAGCCAGGGAAGGAGGGAGCUGGUUUUCACGAACAGAAUUAAUGGAAACUUGUUGAAAAUCCAACUCAGAUGUGACCUUAGACCCGUGAUUGUCACUGCCCCGGUGCCGGGGUGUGUUCUGGAGAGCUCAGCAGGGUGUGGGGUGACGCUGGGCUGUCACCUGCUGUGACCGGCGUGGGGGUGACAGGGACCACCAUGGGACACGGGGUUAUGAAUGUAUCUGAUGUACCGGCAUUAGACUUUUAUUUUGCCCUACACUGAAUUGCUGCUUUUACAUGUUGGAUGCCAUUUUGGUCUCUGGGAGUUGCUCUAUUUGAGCUUAAUGAGCACUACAGCUUUUAAUAUAUUUGUAGAAGUGCUGCUAAUGUUCUUAGAUUAUUUGAAUUCCACACUGUGGUAUAAUAUCUGUUUUAUAUUAUUUUAUCCAUGCUUUUGGUUUUUAUGUAAACUGUUCCUUAUUGUUGUUCAGAAAGAAAAAAUAAAGCUCUAUUCUCUAUGGUUAA